AGUAUGUGGGAACGACUACGAGCCAUGUUGGAUCAAAAAUGUUCAAUACGUUUAAUGUACGUAGUAAUCCUCAUUUUUGUUGGCCGAUUGGUCUGCUUGAUCAUGUACGCCUUGUGGUUAGGUGACUGCUUCCUCAGAGAGUUUAAAAUGGAAGCCCCAUGCAAAGAUUUCACUCUUUACCCUGAACCAAAAAUAACUUCUGCAGUUUGGCUGAUGAUCGUCAGCUUUACAUCCUUCCUUCUGAUCUUCUACGUCAGCCGAUUAUCUGAUUUUCGAGGCUUCAAAUCAAUCAUCAGUAAACUUCUUCGUAAGAAGUACUUCUACAAGCUGUGUGUCAUUACCAUACUGGUAGUUAUCUACGACUCGAUAACUAUUGGUGCAAGAGAAUUUGAAGUGAAAACAACACUUUUAUACGUUGCGUAUAUAAUCGAACAUAUCACGACUGUUGCACUCAUGUUCAGAUUAAACUUCGUCAAGAAUGUACCACAAAAUAAACUGCAAUAUCAUGCUUAUAAAAUAACCUUGCUACUCUACUCGAUCGAGAAUUAUGUCCUAUACGCCUUUGGAACUGUUGUAGCUGCGUACAAACUGGUUUCAGUUCCUACAACUUGUAGUCCCACACCUGAAAAUCAAAUCAACACCGACUGUUACGAUGCCCUAGCUGUUACCAUGUUGUUUCUUCUUUUGAGUGUCCUCGCUCUCCGUCUCACAGUUGGAGAAUUCUUUCUGACCAAGUUCUUCGAAGAAUUCGAAGAUGUUCCCCCGUCGCAAGCUCCACCGAAUUUACCUAAUUCGCCAGUGACUCAACGCAAAGAAGAAGAAAAAGAGAAAAGAACAGGGACAGAGGAGACAAUCUUGGAAAAGGAUAAUCAGUCAUGAGAAAUAGAAAUGAAAGCCCAACCAAAAGCCAUGUAUAAUAACCAAGCAACUAAGCAACCCGAAGCAUGGAAACAAGCAAGAAAGGAUAAAAGGAGAGAUUGAAAAAUCGGAAGAUGAGAUUUCAUGUGCAUAGAUUUUAUCUAAAAUACUUUAGGUUUGUACCUUUCAUGUAUACAUAGGUGAACAGUGAUAAGGUGAACUCAGAGGUGGAUUCAGGUAGUAUAAAAACGCAGAAAGUAUAAGAUAUAGAAUUAUUUAUAGUAACUCAUUCCAGUUUCCUCU